GGACUACGUUAAAAGGGACCAUGGAAGCAUGUCCGGCGAAUUACUGCCAUCGUAAAAAAGAAUAUCGUUUAAGAUUGUUCAUCUUAAUGUCUGAUUUCUAUAAGUUUUGCUUUCAAAUGAAUAAUUCGUUAAUUUCUAUUAUUAUAUUCGUUUUCUUUACAGAUUCGUCAUCGGGAUACGAAUCUACGGACAUAUCUGAUGUUGAAUCGUUGACUUCCACGGAAUCAUAUGACACUUUUGACAGAAUAUCAGACGACAGCCGAAACAAUUUCUUGCCAAUGGACAAGGAAGAGGAGGUCAUGAACUUUCAGUCUACGCAUGCGCUUUGUGAACACCUCAAGCUUAUUCUAGCUAUGCCAGAAAUGUGUGACGUCACAUUUCUUGUUGGACCACGUGAAGUUCCCGUGCAUGGUGUUCGUGCAAUUAUGGGCACUCGCAGUCGUGUGAUGUAUCAGCUGAUUCUGAAGCAUAUGUCAAUGCGAGAGGUAGACGAAGAAAGAAACCACAAAAAGAAGAAGGCAAAGAAAACCAAGUAUAACCAGUCAGUCGGAAUUGGUCGGUCACUAUCGCAGAGACUGGUCAUUCCAGUGAAGAAAUACGACCCCGAUGUGUUCCGAAUGCUAGUCCAGUUUAUUCACUGCGGAAGUGUCAAUAUCACCGAAGAAACAGUCGCCGGUUUAUUCUGCGCUGCCUCCCAUUUUGAACUGUCUGAUCUAAGAGAAGCGUGUCUAGAUUUCGUUGAGAGGUGCAUAAAGGCCGGACGUGCGGAGAAACUUCUCAGUUCUACAAGGUGCUACAAUCAACAUAAAGCAACAAAAACGCUUUUCGACAAGAUAUAUUCAGUGCUGGACAAACGAUACCUCGCCAAGACAGGAGAGACAUUGGUGUGA